AUGUCAAAACUGAUAGUGGUGUGUGGCGUGACCAGCACCCAGGGACGUUCUGUCGCAGAAAACUUUCUUCAGGAAGCUGGAUGGAGGCCAGCUAGCUUGGCACUGGCUGCUAAGGGUGUCGAAAUCGUUGAAGGCGACUUGGACAAAGCCGAUUCUCUGAAAGCUGCUCUUCAAGGUGCAAAUGUUGUGUUCGGAAACACCGUGUUUUCCUUUGUUCUGGCACUGACCUCGAAUCCGCAACUAAAACCAGGACAGUCUCUCCUUGAAUGGGCUUAUGAACUCAAGGUUCAGCAAGGAAAGAACUUGGUGCAGGCCGUCGCCGAGCUAGACUCACUUCAGCUGUUCGUAUGGUCAACACUAUCAGCAACUCGAAAAUGGUCAGGAGGGAAAUUCCAGAACGUCUUCCAUUUUGACUCGAAGGCCGCCGUGGUCGAUCAUGUACGGGAUUAUUUUCCUGAUUUAUACAACAAGACGUCAUUGCUUCAGCUAGGGCUCUUUAUGACGAAUUGGAGAUUUGGUCCCGUCAACAUUCCAUGGGCGAAGCGGGGAGAUGGUACCAUGGUCCUACGUAUGCCAGGAGAACUCAGGUAUCCGAUUCCACAUGUUCUUGUUGAGGAAACAGGGAAAUAUGUCAAGGCCCUAGCUCAGGGUUCUCCAGGCACACACUUGCUGGCUUGCUCCGAGUUCCUGACUUGGCCAGACUAUGUGAGCUUGUGGAGUAAGACGACUGGGGUUCCGGCAGUAUUUGAAUCCAUUACUAUGGAUGUAAUGGAUAAGCUUGCCCCAGGAGGCUAUGGUCUUGAAAUUGGGGAGAUGCAUGCAUACGCUUUGGAGUACGUUGAGGUUGCAUUCUGUGAGAAGACGAAAGGCUCGAGCCCUCUGUACGAACUGGAUUUAUGA